AAAACGCGUGAUUGUAGUCGUUCGUGCGCUGAUGUGUUCGAUUUUUAUUUUUGAAUCGGUGAGUACCUACCUAUUAUAAACGUAUAUUAUAUAACACGAUAAUGUCAGUGAAGGUUUCGGUAGAAGGGGAAGUGGGUCAAAAUCCAUUCUUAAAAAAAUGUAGAUAAAUUUUACGCCGAUUUAAUAGGUAUAUUAUGGCUUAUCAUAAUAAAUAGAUUUUUGAUACUUCCCAGUUUCUCCAACAAUGUAUCGUAUAGAGCAGUGGUCUUCAAACAGUGGGUCGCGUAAGCUUUAAGAAUGGGCCGCGAUAAGUCUACUGUUUAAAAUUUAAAAAAUCUAUAUUUAUAUACAUUAUAAUUAUAUAAUAUUAAAAUAUAUUGUGUAAGUUAGGUAUGAUACAAAUAAAUAAUUUCAUAUGAUAUCAGAUAAAAUAAUUUUCGAGUAAACCGUAUUUUUUCAUAUUUGUAGAAGAUAAGAAUGGUACUUAAAGCCGUCUUUGUGGCUGGCGCCGCAGCGUUGUCGCGCGUUAAAAUAACGCAAGUGUCCACCGGACCUUAACCGAUAAAAGGUCCUGUUAUUUAUCUAUACAUUUUAUAGAUUAUUUGUAUAAAUUACUGUUGUUUUCGUUGUGUUCAGAGUUGAUACCGUUGUAUUAUAAAAUAUAAAUUUUAGUUGCUUUUAGUCUAGCGGUCUGGCCGUAUUAAAGUAGUGUCGUCCAAGUUAAUUUUCGUAAUCUAUAUUUUUUGGAUAAAUUUGCUAUUCAAUUUUUAUUUAUUCAGUUAUAAAAGCACUUCUACAAUGGCACACUAAGGCAUUAAGCAAUUUGAACUUUUAUUUUAUUUUAAAAAUGUAUGGUCAAAAAAUUGGGUCACGAGUCAUAAUGUUUGAAGACCAUUGGUAUAGAGUAACCAUUAUUUAGGGGUUGAUUUUUAAAACUUAUGUAAGGCAUAAAAAUAAAAGGUGAUUUUUUUUAUCACGAAUCAGCAAUUAUCUAAGAGGAUUUUAAGUGAAUUUGAUAUUUGUUUUAUCUAAUUAUUAUGGAAUCGUUUAAGCGUUAUUUUAAAACCACUUUUAAUUUUUUCCCCUACUCCAUAUACCUUUAAUAAGUGCGUACUUUUAAUUUUUAAAUAGGAACCCCCCUCUUUUGAACACAGAUUUGAAUAGAGAAUAUUUUUCUAUGGGGAGGCUCCAAUUUAAAAAUGAAAAGUAUGCACUUAUUUAAGGUAUAUAGAUGUAGUAAGAGUAAAAAACUGAAAAUUGUUUUAAAAUAAAGCUUAAACGAUUUCAUAAUGAUUAGAAAAAACAGAAAUCAAUUUCACUUCAAAUCCUCUGAGAUAAUUGCUAGAUCAUAAUAAAAUAAAUCACUAAGUUAAAAAGACGUCCUAGGAUAAUGGGGAUGUGUGCAGUCACUGUUAUAGAUAAUUUAAUAUAGAUCUGUAAGCAACGAUAAACCAUUGCUUACGAGAAAACGAUUUUGAGUAGAGUUCGGUUGAUAGUUGUCAACAAUAUAUAUGCCAUUUUAUAUUAAAAUAAUGAAAUUGGCUCUAUAUAAUUUCUUUAAUAAUAUUUGUUAAAUAUUGUAACGAUUUUCCCGGUUUUUUUAUGUUUGAUCCCGGUUUUUCAAAUUGGCUGGGAAAACUUCUGAGAAAAUCGAAAAACGACAUCUUUAAAGUACCUUUAUAAUGAAAUUUCCUUUAAAAAACAUUGCUAUCAAUAUAAAUGUUAGAGCAAAUUUGUUGGUAGGAAAGUUGUGCACAGAAAAAAAAAAAGCCGUAUAUAUUUGAACCAAUUCCUACAUUUCUUAUAUUUUCCCGUUUUUUUUUUUCGGUUUUUCAAAUUCUAUGAGAAAACCAAAUAAUGACCUUCUUAGUACUUUUCUACACUAAUUUCAUUUCAGAAAAGGUGUUACAGUUAGAAAUCCGAGCAAGUAAAUAAAUAGUAAACAUCUAUGUAAAUCCAUAAGACCAACGCAUUCGCUCCAGUCAGAAUCUAAAAGUAACGUAACCGAUUAAGCGUACUUGCAGUUUUCGGAAUAACAGUAAGUUUUAUAUUUUUCUAUCUUAUUUUUUUUUUUGUCGGAUAUAUUUUAGAUUUUUCAAUCGGAGCAUAGGUGUAUAGCAUUCGAUAAUAGAAAAGUCGUUCACUGACUCAAAAACAAAUUUUGACGAAAAUCUUAUAAUAUAUAUCUUACGUUCUCCGCUUUCCACCUAUACAAUAAUAGCAUGUCCUUUGGCAGUGUUGGCUCUUUUUUUUUAUAUAUUUUUUCUAUAUUGGAAGUUUUUCCUCGUCUUGAUAUUUUUUCCACGUUAGUUGAAUACCAAUUAUUUCGAAAAGUAUUGACUAUUUUUAAAAAUUUAAGAAACAAAUAGGUAGUAUUAAAAUAUUACACUGUCAUUUUUUUAUUUGUUACUCCUAUUGUCGGGGGUGAAACGACCACCUACUUUGAUUUUCAAAUGGCAACCUAUAUUGAAAAUGUUUUAAAUAGAUAGGGUAUUAGUUAAAAUAAAAUUUGGUGUUGACAUUUUUGAUUUUCGUCAACCCAUUUAUGAGAUAUUUUACUUUUAAGUUUGGUUCGGAUACUUUUAAGUUUUUACCUGUUUUAAUCCCGAUCACAACUCGGUAUCAACCAAAAUAGCUUUUUGUUUUCUUAAUUGCAGCUGGCAUCAUAUUUAUUUAGAACAGUUGGUAAACCUAUACCUACGAAAUUCUACAAAUAGAAAUAUGAAUUUGAUUUUUUCUAGGAAGAAAUCAAAAUAAUUUUAUCACAUUUUUUGAUAACAAUAUGAAGUUUGUAAAAAGAAGAAAAAAUGCGGUAAAAAUGAAACAUACCUUUAAAAUGUUAACAAAUAUUUUUAAAAAAAAAAAGUUCUAAAAAUGAAAAAAAAUGCAAAAUAAAAGUUUCAUAUUUUAAUUCUUUAAUAUAUGAAAACAAUUUUGUGUUUGGAAAGCAUUGCUUUAGGACAUUCAGAUGAUAAUUUGCAUUAUAAUCCGCACCCUAAGUAAUGUAAUUUUAGACUUUUGAAUGUAGCUAAGGAUGAAUUGUUUUUAUAUGAACACUUUUUCUACAUACAAGAAAGCUUAUUCCGAUGCAUACGAUGUAGACCCUAUCCUGAAAGGACAUUUUCUUGGGGUGGUACUUUAGGGAGGUUACUUUUUGAUUUUCCCAGGAGUUUUCCCAGCAAAUGUAAAAAACCGGGAAAAACCAAGGAAAAACGUUAGGAAAUCGAUACAAUAUAAACGAAGAUUAUUAAAGAAAAUAUAUUAGGUAUAUUUCAUUAUUUCACCAUAAUAUGACAUAUACGAGUAUAUUGUUGAAAAAUCAUCACUAUAAACUGAACAAAGCUCAGAAUCGUUUUUCGUUCGCAAUAGUUUACCGUUCCUUACAGAUAUACAAUAAUAAAAUAUCGUAUAUUAAAUAUCGUACAGUUACUUAUUAUUAUUAUAGGUAGGUAUGCGCGAGUUGGUUUAAAUUUUGAUACACGAUGUAUUUGAGUCGAAUGUUUANUAGAUUAGAUCAUAACAUUAUACCCGGUCGAUUUUCGCCAACGAGUUCUUUGGACGUUCUGCAUCGCUAUUGCCGUAUAAGCUGCGUUCAAAAUCCAACAAUUAUGAGUAAUACUAAUGAAAAAAACAUGGACGGAAACCGUUCGCCCAAGGAGAAAUAUUUACGCGAUUUCACAUACCAAGGACCAGAGAUGUCCGUCGCAGAAGCCCGAGACAUCAUGUCCCAGUUUUCGUACGAUAACAGUACCGUGGACCUCGAAGAGGGGGAAAACGGGAUAGCGAAAGUCUGUUUGAACAACCCUCGCGCCAGAAACGCAAUAAACGGUAUAAUAAGUGAUACCUAACUAGUUAUAUUAUUAAAAGAAAAAGUUUGUCUGUUUGUAUUUUAUGGACAGCCGAAUUUAAUGCACACGAAGGUCUGAAAAUUUACAUAGAAAAACAGAGAUAAAAGAAUCCGUGGCCGCACUUCAAAGAUGAAAUAUUCAAUAUUUAAUUUCUUAAGGGUGGCUCAGGGAUUUAGGGAUUUUAAUACGAAAAUUUAAUUAUUUUUAAAUGAAAUUGUUUUAGUUAUAGAAAUCCUACCCCAACAAAAAAAAAAUAUAGGAGAGCUUUUUUGUAGCAUUUUGGAUUUAACUAAUGCAUUGAGGAGGUCGGUUUUUGGUUUCCCUUGUAAUUUUCUUAAUAACUAGAAAAAUCGAUAAAAAACGAGAAUGUUUACGGAAUAACGCUUAAUUAUUUUCGAUUUUGUUUUCGUUUUUUUUUUGUUUUUUUUUUUUAUGAGGAUAAAUUUGUUUUGGCUCAAUAGAAAUGCUUGAAAAUUAAUACAAGGAUCAUUAUACAUUUAACUUAUUGGUAAAAAAAUAUUUCUGCGUAAUUCAGUGGUUUUCUUUUAAAAGCGUUUUAAGUUCAAACUUUAACGAAAACCGUACCUCAAAAAAUACGUCACAUCAAAACAAAACCGUGUAUUUUGGUCAGAAUUAUAUUUUACAAGCAAUGAUUUGUCAUUGUGUACAGAUUUAAAUUAAAUUACUCAAUGAAUAUUACCUUUUAAACUUCUCAACUAAAAUAAUGUCAUACAGCAUCAACAGUAUCAUUGUUUUUUUUAUUAUUGAUUUUUGAUUACUUAUGAUGUUACUGUUAAAACAAAAACACAAAAAACAUUUACAAGCUAUUAGUUUAUUUGGUUGUCACUGGCAAAAAUGUACUCUUUUGAAAAAAAUAAAUGACCGGACAACAGCGGUUAACUGUUAAGGGGACGGGGGUUGAAACGGAUAAACAGGUUUUAAUUUCUUAAAAAUGAUUUUUGCUCAAUACCUACUAGACAAGGGUAAAGCCGUGCGAGAUAACGAUAUUUUCACUCUAUAGCGUUUCUGCGUGGGCAUAAUAAUAUGAAUCUAAUUAUAUGACGUCGACGAUGGUUCCAGGGAAAAUGAUGAUCGACCUGAACGACAUCAUCGACAAACUGGAAGACCACAUGGCUGAGUACAAAGGUGUUAUACUGUACGGUGCCAACGGCAAUUUUUGUGCCGGGGGCGAUUUGAAACUGACAAAAAAAAUGCACAACCCGGACAUAGGGUAUGCUAUGUCUACGUACAUAGGAUACGUUCUCGAAAAGUUCAGAAAUCUUCCAAUGAUCACCGUGGCGUACAUAGAUGGCUCGGGUAUAAUAACAGUAAAUUAUUAUGGUUUAUUACAGAUACUUAACUAGGUACCUAAUAAUGGCAUUGUAUUUGUAUUGCCGAUACAGUGCCCUUUAUACUUGUAGUGCGAGGGGACGAGGGUUAUAUUUUCAGCAUACCUCCUUCAGUAAAUAUGAAAUUCAUCAAUGGUCAAAUGCUAGAUUUGAAACAAAAUAUAAUUAACAGUUCGAGUUUAAAAUCUAUUCCCUUUUUAUAUAAUAUUAUAUAGGUAGAAUAUUAAAUAAUAGCUAGGUAACGAUUAGAAAAUCCAAUAAAAAUCUAUUGGUAGUUUAGACAAUUAUUUUCUGACACUUUUAAAGUCUAAACAUUUUCAAGUCAUUUUCUUUUCUAGUAAGUCUAGCCAAAUUUUUUAUUCGCACGCCUAUAGAUUCCAAUAUGCCCAAUGCGCCCAACCCUCGUUUGCAUAAAAUAAGAAAUGGAAGUUUUUAAAUGGGUGUAAAUAAAGGAUUUACCAAAUACCAUAUGUUAAUCAUUCCUGUCUACAGACUUUUAAAUACCAGAUGCAUACGUUUUCUAUACAAUCAUUUCGGAAUUAGUAUUUUUAUUGUUAUUGUGAAUUAAAAUUAAAUUAUUCACGUAAUUAAUUGGUUUGAAAUCAGAUUGGUUACAUACCAGAUUUGUUCAAAUUAAUAAUUACUAUAAAAAUCGUUGAUGAUAAUACACUUUGAUAUUGUUGACGUUAGUUUGAUAAACUAUAUAGUAUACUCGCAUACUCUUAAUUAUUUUCUGUCCGUAUACCUUUAAUAUUGUCCAUAUACAUUUUUAUUUAAAGUUAAUUUUUAAAUUAUAUAUUAUUCCUGUAUGUGAACUGAAAAGAACGCGCUAAGUUAAGCACGACGAAUUGAUGCGAUGAGUUAAUUGGUUACAUCGGAGGUUUCCAAACUUUAUUUCGUGCCAAUAUUUUCUGUUUUUCAUAGACCCCUAUUAUUCAAUGUUUAUAAAUUCAUCAACGUUUUUUCGACAGUGUUUACGGAGCUACUAACUUGAAUAAGGUUUACUAUGGAGUGAAAUAUUUUAAAAUAAAAAACGUGUAAAAUUUUAUUUUAUUCAUAUCUUUAUUUUUUUAAUAAUGACAAUAUUUAUUUUAUAUUUUAAUUAUUAAAUAGAAAGGAAUUGAAAAUUAAAUGUUAAAAUAAAAACUUUAUCUUUAAUGGGUAGGAUGAGUCUGAUGCUUUGAUAGUAAAUUAUUAAUAGUAAGCUUCAAAUUAGUCAGGUUUAACUUUAAAUCUCAUUUACUUGUGAGUUCCAAUCUGUUUAUUUUUUUUUCUCGUAUGUAGAUUGGUAACCGCGCUAAAACUAUAUACGCAUUCUUGACUUAAUCGAGGACUCUUGUUUACACCAAAUACACCACCGAUUUUCUUUUUCGUUAACAUGGACCCCUCGCGGGUUAGAACCGACCCCGAGGGGUCGAUAUAGACCACUUUGGAGACCCCUAGGUUAUACAGACACCAAUUUAUUUAUAUAUUUUCUAAUGUAGGUUAGUUAUAUCUUACUAUACAUUAAUAUAGGUAAAUUAAAUACCCACUCGUUGUACGGUAGUUUGUCACAAUGUUACUUACACCUAUACGUAUAGAAUAAUAUGUAAGCAUAUGCUCUUCAAUUCGUUUAACAUAUUAUCGAAUUUUCGUAGGCGCGCUGGGAGGAGGAGCCGAAAUUACGACGGCGUGCGAUUACCGGUUGAUGAGCAACAGUUCUGAGACCACGGCCAUAGGGUUCAUUCACGGGACAAUGGGUUUAGUGCCGGCGUGGGGCUCUAGCGGCCGUCUCAUGUCGUUAGUGGGACCGCGGACUACGUUGGACCUGUUGCUGGACGGCCGGCGGCUGAGCGCGUCUGAGGCCACGGACGUCGGCCUGGUGGACGGCACGGUGGCCACGUUGGCGGACGCCGUGCAAUGGUUGUCGCCGAAGGUCAGACACGACGUGAACGUGAUCAGGGCCAUCAAGCGCACGCGUCUGUGCCACGAGGCCGGGCUUGUCAGUCGGGCGGCCUCGUUGAUGGAACGUAAAAUAUUCGCACCUCUUUGGGGAGGAGACGCCAACCGGGCAGCCUUGGAUAGGUUUUUUAAAAAAGGAAAUUAGCUACACUGUUAUGACGUAGAUAAUCGAAUCUGUUGUGAAAACCGUAACAUGCGCACCAUUGUCGUUCUGUUGGGUACACCUGCGAAGUUGCGCGGUAAACUUCGGUCCAAACCGCGUUUUCUACCAUAAAAUAAAUUACGUUUUUUUACUGUAUUACACUAUUAUUUAUAUUAGCAUUCAAAUUAUCUAAAUAAAGGUUUCCAGAAAUUAAUUUCCGUAUAAUAAUACACGUGUUUAUUCAAAAAAGCGUAGUAAUAAAGCCGAACAAGUUUUUUUUUUUUGAAGACGUGUCGAUAAGUAUAAAGUUAGUGAUAUAGGUAUAAUAUAGUUAUUAAAAUGUAAAUAACUCGUAAUACAUAAUAUAUUUUUGUAAUGAAUCGCGUAAACACAAUUUGGUGGAUAAUAAUAUUAAUCCGCGUCGGGAUGUUAUAAAUGGCCACACAAAUAUAUGUAAAUAAUUUUAAGCGUUUUUUAAAAUGCACCUAAAAUGCUUAUAUAAUAUAAACCCGAACACUAUGUUAUAAUAUUAUUGCUAAUAUGUUAACAAUUAUUAUACGCGUUAUCGUUGAAAAUGAAUAAUAUUAUUAUUUUACUAAAGAACUUAAGAUAAUAUAUUAUUAAUAUUUUAAUUUUAACCGUGGAUACGUGAAAUAUUUAAAUAGCAACUAAUACAUUGUAUACCUACAGUUACCCUAUUCGAAAUGGAAACGCUUCAUACUAUUAUUAUGUGUAUGUGCCAACAUUAUAUUGUUAUAGUUAAAAAUCGUAUGCGAUUAGUUUUAGGUACUUAUAUUAUAAUUUCAAUCGCCCAUAGUAUAUGGAGGGUAUAGGGAAAAACGCAGAAAAGUCACUUUUUUCAAACCGAGAAGAACGUGUUUUUAAUUUAAAAACGUAACAGUUUUUUAUUUUUAUAAAGUAAAAAGUUCAAAAUAAGUCUAAUGUUAAACUUUGAAAUGCAGUAAACGCAACGCAAUAAUGCCAUAACAUAUUAUUGACCACGGCCUUUCAUCCAGCACAUUGGUCGGGUUAUCAAUUGACCUAUUUACCUGUUUAUUUUCCUAUAGGCCUAAAUUUCUGUGGCGCACAUUAAUUUCAACUAGUCCGGUUUUUUCGCCGGUUCGAUCGCAUAAGAGAUACGGUACGUGAUCAAUACGAAUAUUGUUUGAUACCAAUAUCGCAAUAUCAAAAUAUAUAUUUUGGAAAAAAAAGCGAAUUUUCUAAUUUUUUUUUCCCCUGUACCCUCCAUAUAGGUACCUACUACACAUUAUGAAUUGACAGUACAAAAGUAAAAUUAAACAUUAAUGCCCGCUAUAUAGGUGCCUACACAACAAUAUGUACCUAUAGUUUAGAUAUUAGAUAUAUAAUAAUAUUUCAUAAAGUAAUAAACUAUUUCCAAUAAUGAGUAACUAUUAUUAGGAACUAAUUUAAAAAAUAUAUCGGUAUCUGAUAAAUAAAGUAAAAAAUAAUUAAUUUAAAUAUUUUAAAACAUACUUAUGUAUAAUACGUGCGUCACAACAGUAUAAGUAUAUCAUAAUCUGUACAGCACAUUUAUACUAUUAGUAAUACGCAGGGCUGGACAAGAUAAUCACAAAAAAGUAUAUCGAUUAUAAACGAUACUUUAAUAUCUUUUUGAUUGUAAUUUAUAUUAGUGGAUACAAAUAUCAGAAAUACAAAAAAAAAAAAAGAAAAGAAAGAAAAAUAGGCGAUGAUACAUUGAUACUAGACAUUUCUAAUUAAUUGUAUUCAAUUUUUUUAAAUUUAAAAUUCUUAUUUAAAAGAAAUAUAAUAUUUCAGUAAAGUUUUAUUAAAUUUCAGGGAUUGUAGACAUUCGUUUUUCAAAAAUAAAUACUUGUUUAUCUUUCAAAAAAAUUAUUUUUAAAAAGUAUUUUCAGACAUAUUAAAAAUAUUAUACUUACAUGGGGUAUUAGUGAAUUAAUGAAUGAAUUGUAAAUUGUUUAAAUUUUGACAAAUUUUGAAAAAUCAUUAUUGGUAAAAAUAUUAAAUAAAAAUAUACAUGUCAAAAAAGUAUUUAGAUACUUCCGAAUUAUGUGUCUAGGUACAAGUUUGUAUAACUCUGUAGAUGUGUAUCUUAAAUACUUGGAUCUAAUAGCCCAGCCCUGUUAGUAUUAGGUAUAGGUAAGAAAACAUAUAAAUAAUUAUUACAUGGAAUGACUGCGUGUAUGAUUUUUAACAGAUUUUUGAAACUAAUACAAUUUGGAUUUGUUAUAAUAGUAAUAAUAAAAAUAGUAAUAAUAAUAAUAAAUAAUAAAAGUAAUAUAAUAUAGUAGUAAUAAUAAUAAUGAUAAUGAUAUAAUUAUAGUACAAAAAAAAAAAAAAUUACAAUAAUAAUAAUAUUGGUGCGACACCAUAUAUUUUACUCGAUAUUAUUAUUAUCGCUUAUUAUCAUUAUGAUUAUUUUUUUGUUUGAAUUUAUGACUAAAAAAAAAAAAAAAAAGAAAAUACACACUCCACUGAGAGAAUGGUGUAUAUGUUAAUUUUUUGCUCAGAAAAGGUUCAAAUUCUGGAGUUUGUUGACUAGAUCCCUCCUGAACCGUCUUAUCGUGUUGCUGAUGUACGAAAAGUUGGGCUGGCGGUCAUUGUUGGCCGGCAAUAGACCGGCUCGCGUGCACGACUCGCAGCAAAACAUUUUGUAGUACGGAUGGUCGCAGUAGUAUCCGCUCACGAUCAGAGUGCAAUUGGCGAAAAAUUGUUUGUCCGUACAGUUCGGAUGGAUGUACAAGCCUUUAAAAUAAACA